AUGGACGUAUUCAGCUCACUGCAAAAUAAUGGCCGCCAAAUCCAUUGCAUUGACAUGCAUACCACCGGCGAGCCAACCCGCAUCAUCUACUCUGGCUUCCCCAAUCUCGAGGGCUCAUUACUCUCCAAACGCGAUCAAGCGAAGAACCAAUACGAUGACAUCCGCAAACGCUUAAUGUUAGAGCCCCGUGGACACGAUGGUAUGUACGGUGCUAUCAUCAUCCCUGAGACGGAGCUAGUGAUGUCCGGGGAAGCUGAUAUCGGUGUCCUGUUUACGCAUAAUGAGGGGUACUCCACUAUGUGCGGGCACGCCACUAUUGCACUGGGCCGGUUCUUGGUCGACACCCAUGACCUGAAUGUGUUUCCGCGAAGAGAGACCUUGAAGUUUGAUGCAGAUAGCCAGAGUGUUAAGGUUAAUCUUCACGCACCAUGCGGGUUGAUCAGGAUUACUGUGCCUACUACGCCAGAUGGAAAGAAAUCCGAUCCUUCGCGCUCGGUGUCGUUUCUGUCCGUUCCUUCUUUUGCACCGGCUGUGCAACUAAGGAUUCCUAUCCCAUCGGAAGUUCGCUGGCCUGAACUAGGAACAAGGGACUCGAUCGUUUUGGAUCUCAGCUACGGAGGGGCAUACUACGCUCUCGUCGAUACCGAAGAGCUCGGCUUCAAAACCUUGAAAGAUGUGGACCUCGAUGCUACUACGCGUUGUAGUCAGAAAUUAUUGCCCUAUUUGAGAACACAUCCAGAUAUUAUUUCCGCAAUCCAACACCCGGAGGACCGUCGUCUUUCGUUCCUCUACUCUAUGAUGAUUGUAGACUCGAAAACAGGUGUUAAACCUGGAGACGUUGAGGGUACGGAGACUGGGCUUUGCUACUUUGCUGAUAGCCAAAUCGACCGCUCGCCUACAGGAUCCUGCGUCGCAGCGCGCGUGGCGUUGGCAUAUGAGAAAGGUUUGAGGAAACCUGGGCAACGCUGGGCGUAUAACUCAUUGGUGUCUAAUAAGUUUGGAACCGGGGCAUUUACCGCUGAAGUUGCGGGUGAGGAUUCCAUUACUGAUGCCCAGGGCAAGAGUAUUCGCUCUGUGGUUGCGAAAGUUGGCGGACAGGCCUUCUAUACCGGGGCGAUGACAUUCGCAGUGGAAGAUGAGGAUGUGGUAUCGAGUAGCGGGUUCACUAUGGCUAGUGUAGUAUCGUGA